AGGUUUCAUUUUACUCAAUGUGAUUUACAGAGACACACAAGAACACAUACAGGUUAUAGAUCUCAUGACUGUAAUGUAUGUGGGAAAGAGUUCAGUCUACUUUGUGAUUUACAGAGACACACGAGAACACAUACAGGUUAUAGACCUAUUGACUGUAAUGUAUGUGGGAAAGAGUUCAGUCUACUUUGUGAUUUACAGAGACACACUAGAACACAUACAGGUUAUAGACCUAUUGACUGUGAUGUAUGUGGGAAAGAGUUCAGUCUACUUUGUGAUUUACAGAGACACACUAGAACACAUACAGGUUAUAGACCUAUUGACUGUGAUGUAUGUGGGAAAGAGUUCAGUCUACUUUGUGAUUUACAGAGACACACGAGAACACUUACAGGUUAUAGACCUCAUUACUGUGCUGUAUGUGGGAAAGAGUUCAUUCUACUUUGUGAUUUACAGAGACACACGAGAACACAUACAGGUUAUAGACCUAUUGACUGUGAUGUAUGUGGGAAAGAGUUCAGUCUACUUUGUGAUUUACAGAGACACACGAGAACACAUACAGGUUAUAGACCUAUUGACUGUGAUGUAUGUGGGAAAGAGUUCAGUCUACUUUGUGAUUUACAGAGACACACGAGAACACUUACAGGUUAUAGACCUCAUUACUGUGCUGUAUGUGGGAAAGAGUUCAGUCUACUUUGUGAUUUACAGAGACACACGAGAACACAUACAGGUUAUAAACCUCAGGACUGUGAUGUAUGUGGGAAUGGGUUUAGUCAUCUUAUUGAUUUAAGGAGGCAUAUGAAAAUACAUACAGACAAAACAUGCAAACCUCACAUUCAUGACAUAUGUCAAUUUGUGUUGUACCAAACAAAUGUAUGCAAAUACAUAACAUACAGGCAAAUUACCUUAUGACUGUAAUGUAUGUGGUACAGGGUUUUGUUGGCAUUGUAAUUUACAUAUUGACAUGAAAACAUAUUAAUUUGAUGACUGUUGUGUAUAUGGUAAAGGGUUUAGCUAGCUUAGAAAUGUAAAGAGACACAUGAGAACACAUACAGGUGAUUAAUCUCUUGACUGUAUCAUGUGUAUGUGGUAAAGCUUUUAAUCAGCAUGUUGACUCAAUGAAACACAUUGGAAUACAUAAUGGGGAUAAAACUCUGAAAUGAGAUGUUUGAGGUUUCGGGUUUAAUAUGAGUGAUAAUCUACAUUCUAAAACACGUACUACAUUUGUACUAGUAAAUAUAUAAUAACAUGGAUAAUUUACAAAGAUAAUGAGAACGCAUGCUAAUGAUAAUUUAUAGACACGUGAGAACUCAAACUAGUGAUUGUUUACAUAGACAUUUGAGAACACAUACCAGUGACAAUUUACAUAGACACAUGAGAACACAUACUAGUCUAGUGAUGAUUUACGUAAACACACAUGAGAACCCAUACUUGUGAUAAGGGAUAAUUUACAUAAACACAUGAGAACACAUACUAGUAAUGAUUUACGUAAACACACAUGAGAACCCAUACUAGUGAUAACGGAUAAUUUAUAAGACACAUGAGAACACAUACUAGAAAAUAAGUGAUAAUUUACGUAGACGUAUGAGAAAUCAUAUUAGUGAUAACUUACAUAGACAUAUGAGAACACAUUUAUUAGUGAUAAUUUACACUGAGAACACAUACUAGUGAUAAUUUACAUAGACACAAGAGAACACAUACUAGUGAUAAUUUACAUAGACACAUGAGAACACAUAUCAGCAUGAUUAGUAAAUAAUGGAUAAAUGUCAUUCAUCUAGAAUAAUAGAAUACUUGACUGUAAAUAAUCUAUGUGUAAAUAUCUGUUUUUGAUUGUAUUGUGAUGUGUGUGUGGUCUCACUGAAGAUAAGUUUUUUUGUAACUAACUAUAAUUGUUAACCCUCUUUAAAUAAAGAAUUAAUACUAAUA